ACUCAUCACCCUCUUUCGACACGAAUUGAGGCUGACACGCAGUGAGCGUUCGCCUUUUCUCCAGUUUUUUUCGUGGAAAAAUACCAGGUAAUUGGGGAAUACUGCCCAUUUUACCCUCCUAAUCUCCCCAGAAGGUCACCCUGCAUCAAAUUACUACCAAAAUAUCCAUAAAAUCCCAGAAUUCAUCAAUUUUAGUGAGAAAAUUCUGUAAAGAGUGAGGUUAUGAAAAUGUCACGAAAUAAGUCUGCCGAGGAGACUAGCAAACAAACCCGUAUUGCUAUUGUCAGCUCGGACAAGUGCAAACCCAAGAGAUGUCGACAGGAAUGCAAAAAAUGCUGUCCUGUCGUCCGGAUGGGCAAGUUGUGCAUCGAAGUGACGCCCAAUUCAAAGAUUGCAUCUCUGUCUGAGGAACUGUGCAUUGGAUGUGGUAUCUGUGUGAAGAAAUGCCCCUUUGAUGCCAUUAUGAUCAUCAAUAUCCCCAGCAAUCUCGAUCAGCACACCACGCAUAGGUACUCAAAGAACUCCUUCAAGCUCCACCGGUUGCCAAUUCCGCGUCCGGGAGAGGUGCUGGGACUAGUUGGGCAAAAUGGUAUUGGUAAGUCUACUGCUCUCAAAAUUCUAGCAGGAAAGCUAAAACCGAAUCUUGGAAAGUACAACGAUCCACCGGAUUGGACGGAAAUCUUGGCUCAUUUCCGUGGUUCUGAACUUCAGAAUUACUUCACCAAGAUCCUCGAGGAUUCCCUAAAGGCUCUUAUUAAGCCACAGUAUGUCGAUCAGAUUCCCAAAGCCGUGAAAGGGACAGUGAAGGACUUGCUGGAGCGAAGGGAUGAACGGAAAAAUCGACAAGAAACGGCAGAAGCUCUUGAUUUGCUAAAAAUUACCGAUCGGGAAAUUUCUGCUCUAUCCGGUGGAGAAUUGCAACGUUUUGCCAUUGCUAUGGUAUGCAUUCAGGAUGGAGAUAUUUUUAUGUUUGACGAACCUUCGUCGUAUUUGGAUGUUAGACAGCGUCUCAAUGCUGCCCAAUGCAUUCGGUCUCUUAUACGUCCGGAUAAAUUUAUCAUUGUGGUUGAGCAUGAUCUCUCAGUUCUGGACUAUCUAUCAGAUUUUAUUUGUUGCCUCUAUGGCGUUCCCGGUUGCUAUGGUGUCAUCACAAUGCCCUUCUCUGUCCGGGAAGGUAUUAAUAUCUUCCUGGAUGGCUUUGUACCCACGGAAAAUAUGAGAUUCCGCACGGAAUCACUCACAUUCAAAGUGUCCGAAUCCGCAACCGAAGAGAUCAAGCGUAUGAAUCACUAUAUCUAUCCCAAGAUGAUGAAAUCCCUGGGAGAGUUUAAUUUGACUGUGGAACAGGGACAAUUCAGUGAUUCGGAAAUUUUGGUGCUCUUGGGAGAAAAUGGUACGGGAAAGACAACAUUCAUCCGAAUGUUGGCCGGAAAUCUCGAACCCGAUGAGGGUUCUGGAAAACUCCCUGUCCUCAAUAUUUCCUACAAACCCCAAAAGAUUGCUCCGCGACAUCAGGGAACUGUUCGGCAUUUACUGGGCGAGAGAAUUCGGGAUGCAUAUGUUCAUCCUCAAUUUGUGGCUGAUGUCAUGAAGCCCCUAAAGAUCGAAGAUAUCAUGGACCAGAAUGUCCAAGAUCUCUCCGGAGGAGAACUUCAGCGAGUCGCCCUGACAAUUUGUCUGGGAAAACCAGCAGAUGUCUACCUGAUUGACGAACCCUCAGCCUACUUGGAUUCCGAACAGCGUCUAAUUGCCGCCAAGGUCAUCAAAAAGUUUAUUCUUCAUGCCAAAAAGACAGGCUUUGUGGUAGAGCACGAUUUCAUCAUGGCCACCUACAUGGCUGAUCGUGUGAUUGUCUUCGAGGGUAAACCCUCUGUCAAUACCACUGCCCACACUCCCCAAUCCCUCCUCAACGGCAUGAAUAAGUUCCUGGAACUCCUGGAAAUUACAUUCCGUCGAGAUCCCAACAACUUCAGGCCGCGCAUCAACAAGAGCAACUCGGUGAAGGAUGUGGAACAAAAGAGAGCCGGGCAGUAUUUCUUCCUCGAGGACUUCUAAACAAUCUAAACUCUAAAAUCCCCUCCCUUCCCACUCUGGCCUCUUCAAUUUUUUUUACCCAACUUUUCAGUUAAUUCUACUCCUUCAUUGUAAAAAAAAAUAAAUAAAUAAAUUUGCAAAAAAUACAUUGUUGA